AUGCUGAACAACAUGACGGACUGCGAGGAAGGAGAGGGGGGACCCAACAGCCAGGGUGAUGGGAACCCAAAAGAGAGCAGUCCUUUCAUCAACAGCAGUGCAGCCAGCAGUGUGGAGAAGAGCCAGCAGUAUGACGGCAAGAACAUGGCUCUGUUUGAGGAGGAGAUGGAUACCAGUCCUAUGGUCUCCUCUCUGCUCAGCAGUCUAGCCAACUACUCCAACCUGCCGACGGGCAGCAAAGAGCACGAAGAGGCAGAGAAUAACGAGGAGGGGGCACGUCCAUCUAAAAAACCUGUGAAGGCACCACAGCUGGGCACUCUGAUGGGAGUGUACUUGCCAUGUAUCCAGAAUAUUUUUGGGGUGAUCCUCUUCCUGCGGAUGACCUGGAUGGUUGGGAUUGGAGGCGUCUUCGGCUCCUUCAUAAUCGUCUUCAUGUGUUGUUCCACAACCAUGCUCACAGCCAUCUCCAUGAGUGCCAUUGCAACAAAUGGAGUUGUACCAGCUGGAGGGUCAUACUACAUGAUCUCUCGCUCGCUGGGGCCUGAGUUUGGUGGAGCCGUUGGGAUCUGCUUCUACUUGGGAACCACUUUCGCAGGUGCCAUGUACAUUCUUGGCUGCAUCGAAAUUCUGCUGAUUUAUAUCAUUCCUCAGGCAGCCAUCUUCAAGAUCGAGGGCCUGGAGGGGCCAGAGGCGGAGGCGGCUCUCCUCAACAACAUGCGGGUGUACGGCACCAUCGUACUGAGCUUAAUGGCACUGGUGGUGUUUGUGGGGGUCAAAUACGUUAACAAGUUGGCACUGGUCUUCCUGGCCUGCGUCAUCCUCUCCAUCCUGGCCGUUUAUGCUGGAGUCAUCAAGACCGCCAUCGACCCCCCCGUCUUCCCCGUCUGCCUCCUGGGGAAUCGAACUCUUGUCUCGAAAGGAUAUGACAUCUGUGCAAAAGUCAUUGAAAUUGACAACGAAACUGUUACCACCAAACUGUGGAGGACCUUCUGUGAUUCUGACUCCCUCAAUGCCACUUGUGACGAAUACUUCACCAACAACAACGUCACAGAGAUACAGGGCAUCCCAGGGGUCACCAGUGGCAUCCUGGCAGAGAACCUGUUUGGUAACUACCUGGAAAAAGGGAUGAUGCUGGAGAAGCGUGGACUUGCGUCAGACGUCGACCCAGACAGUCCCCCAACCAGCUCCAACCGCUAUGUCCUGGCCGAUAUCACCAGCUUCUUCACCUUGCUGGUGGGGAUAUACUUCCCAUCUGUCACAGGUAUCAUGGCUGGCUCCAACCGCUCCGGAGACCUGCGGGAUGCUCAGAAGUCAAUCCCCAUUGGCACCAUUGCAGCCAUCACCACCACCUCUACUGUGUACAUUUCCUGUGUGGUGCUGUUUGGUGCCUGUAUAGAAGGAGUAGUCCUCAGGGACAAGUUUGGUGAGGGGGUCAGCGGUAACCUGGUGAUUGGUACACUGGCAUGGCCAUCGCCAUGGGUCAUUGUCUUUGGCUCCUUCUUUUCCACCUGCGGAGCCGGGCUUCAGAGUCUGACGGGAGCUCCGCGUCUCCUACAGGCCAUCUCAAGGGACGGCAUCAUCCCAUUUCUUAGGGUAUUCGGGCAUGGCAAAGCCAACGGGGAGCCCACCUGGGCCCUCCUGCUCACCGCUAGCAUCUGUGAGAUUGGCAUCAUCAUCGCCUCCCUGGAUGCAGUCGCACCCAUCCUCUCCAUGUUCUUCUUGAUGUGCUACAUGUUUGUCAAUCUUGCCUGUGCCCUGCAGACUUUGCUGAGGACGCCUAACUGGAGGCCACGCUUUAAGUUUUACCACUGGGCUCUGUCUUUCCUGGGUAUGAGUUUGUGCCUGUCGCUCAUGUUCAUCUGUUCCUGGUAUUACGCCAUAGUCGCCAUGGGCAUCGCCACCUGCAUCUACAAAUACAUUGAGUUCUGUGGAGCGGAGAAGGAGUGGGGUGAUGGGAUACGCGGCAUCUCGCUGAGCGCUGCCCGCUUCGCUCUCAUGAGGGUGGAGGAGGGACCGCCACACACAAAGAACUGGAGACCUCAGAUCCUGGUUCUGGUGAGUGUGGAUGGCGAGCAGAACGUGGAGCAGCCUCGUCUGCUGUCUCUGACCAAUCAGCUGAAAGCAGGGAAGGGUCUGACCAUCGUUGGUACCGCAGUUCAAGGAACCUUCCUAGACAACUAUACUGAGGCCCAGAGGGCAGACCAGUCUUUACGUAAGUUGAUGGAGACAGAGAAGGUGAAGGGUUUCUCUCAGGUGGUCAUCUCCUCCAACCUGCGAGAUGGGACGUCCCACCUGAUCCAGGUUGGAGGACUGGGAGGUCUGAAGCACAACACUGUGAUGGUCAGCUGGCCCCGUAACUGGAAACAGCCCGAGUACCACCAGCAAUUUAGGAACUUUAUUGAGGUGGUUAGAGAGACAACUGUGGCCAGUCUGGCCCUGCUGGUUCCUAAGAACAUCUCCAGCUACCCGUCCAACGGAGAGCGCUUCACUGAAGGCCACAUAGAUGUGUGGUGGAUUGUCCACGACGGAGGCAUGCUGAUGCUCCUGCCUUUCCUGCUGCGUCAACAUAAGGUGUGGAGGAAGUGCAAGAUGCGCAUUUUCACUGUAGCUCAGAUGGAUGAUAAUAGUAUCCAGAUGAAGAAAGACCUCAUCACCUUCCUCUAUCACCUGCGCAUCGAUGCUGAGGUAGAAGUGGUGGAGAUGCAUGACAGUGACAUUUCAGCCUACACCUAUGAGAAGACACUGAUAAUGGAACAACGAUCACAGAUCCUCAAACAAAUGCAUCUGACCAAGAAUGAGAUGGAGAGGGAGAUCCAGAGCAUUACGGAUUCAUCCCGUGGGUCUAUUCGACGUAAAAACACAUCCACGUGGCGCUCCCAGCACAGUGCUGAGGAGGGAACCAGCGUGGCAGAAAAACCAGAAGAGGAGUCUGUGGCUGUCUCCGACCCAAAACAGGUCCAGCUGAUCCACAGUAAGAAUGCCUCCACACCGACCAGCCCCACAAGCCCCACAUCCCCUGCUGUGCCUGCAGGGGGCGCUGCCACCUGGACCGACAACAAGGGUGCAGACAAGGGGAAGACCCUUUUAGCAGCGAACCCAGAGCUGGGCAAAGACCUCUUCAACAUGAAGCCGGAAUGGGAGAGCCUGAACCAGAUCGAUGUGAGGCGCAUGCAUACAGCGAUGCGGCUCAAUGAGGUUAUCAUGAAGAAGUCCAAGGAGGCAAAACUUGUCCUGCUCAACAUGCCUGGACCACCAAAGAACCGCGUGGGCAACGAAAACUACAUGGAGUUCCUUGAGGUGCUCACUGAGGGUCUCAAUCGGGUCCUCUUGGUUCGUGGAGGUGGACGGGAGGUCAUCACCAUCUACUCCUGAAGGCCUUUUAAGGUCUUUUAACAGCGCCCACACGGACUCUACCCUCUCCAUUCUCUGUAUUGUUCCCGGAAAAUCCUCCCACACCCGUCCAGUCACCUGCCACCACAUGUUGAGCUCCGACUCCAGUGUUUCCAGGGGACAUCUACUCAUGUAGACCUAGCUGUGUCUGUUACCUUCUAACCAUUAGGAUACACAAAGAGUUAUAUCCUAGAAAAAUGGAAGGCUUUCUUUUUUUGUUUGAAAUUCUUAUUUUAUUGGGAUAUACAGCUGGGGGGAGCAUACUGUUCAAACAAUGUAAUCAUUGCAAUAAGACUUAAAAGCCUUCACUGUUCUUUCCUUUUGAUCAAACUGUGGUCACAACAGAUAGUAAAGCUGAGUAACAAUGGAUAUUACAAAAGCAAAUACGGACCAAUAAAAUAAAUAAAGAAUGUGGGGUUAGAAAACAAAAUGCAUAAUAGAAACCCAAGAAAAUGGAAGGCUGUCAAACAUUUCUGUCCCCGUUUCUGACAUGUUUUAUCAUCGUUCUGUUCUUUUGCUUUUGUUCCAGGUCAUUAGUAAAAGAGGAAUGUUUUUCCCUUUAUCAUUUUUCUUAUUAGCUAUAAUUGAUUAUUGAUGUUAUUUAUGUAUCUAUUCAUCUAAUCAUGUCUGUCUUUGUCCUGGUCUGUUUUUAGUAUUUCAUUGUAUGGUUGGAAGCACACAAAUAAUAAUAUUAGAGUACUAGCAAUGAUAUUAAUUCAUACUUGGAAAAGGCUUGAUGAGGAUCUUCCUAUGUUCAUGCGAAACAUUCAGAUUAAUUCAUUUUUGUAUUGAAAAGUCAGAGGUGGGAGUCAAUAUGAAUAUAAAUCCCCAAAAUGGACAAAGACCAAUUGGAUCAAAUAGAUUUACCAGUAGUUUGCACUUAUUUUAGUGCCCUAAGUCUAACGUUACACCGUCUGUGAAAAGGCAGGGGGGAUAUGUGCAAUUUGCAGUUUAUGAGCAUCAUGAGAACAAUAGUCAAAUCACUGACUCAUCCUUGUUGAUAUGGCAGGGAUUUAUCGGUUUAUUUAUUCGUCAGCAUUACUGCAGACAGCUUGACAGAAAUUAAAGUCAGAAGAUAAAUGAUUUAAUGCAGAUUAUCAUGAUCCCAAACCUGAUUGUUUGACUUCAUUAUCCCUCACAGUUAGACAGGAUCAUAUAGACUGAAUGGACUCAAUGACAGGCUGUAAUACAGUAUAUACUCAGCCUCUGAGCUCAGCAAUGGUCACUUUAAAUGAUCUACCUUCACCUUCCCCUGGGACAUAGAGCAUAUCCAACGAUUGUUUGAUAUGCUCUACGUCCCAGGUUCUGGGGUUGUAUAGCCAUGUUUCCCAGAAAAUGCCCAAAAAACAUCCUGGUGUAGAUUCUGAAAUGAAAUCUGAAUUUUAUCUCUAAAAAAAUUUUAUCUCUAAAAAACAAUUGGUUAUGUCACUUGGUAUUCACUAUUGGGUUCAGAUAAAAAUCCUCUUCACAACUCUUUAUUGAAUAAACCUUAAUGAUUACUUGCAAACAAAAUGUGCCAAUGUAUGAUGUAAAAAUGUUUUUGAUACCAAGUCUCUUUUAGAAAGUCUGACAGGUAAAAAAAAAAAAAGCAACUGAAAUUUAAAUGUGAAAUUUAAACAGAUUUCAGACCAGGCAUCUCUACUACUUAAUAAACUAUCAAUCAAAACAAUCUAAUGUAAAGUAUUAAUGAAAAAGUUAAUAGAUCUUAGGAUUUUAUUUAUAUUAUGCAAUGUUUGUAAACGAUAUUAUACAACGUGAACCAGUGUAACAUGUUUCUAGUUGUCAGAGGCACUAAAAUAGAUUGUGUUUUACACAUCAGCUGUAUGUUUUUAUCUCAGAUAAUUUAUUUUUUUUAAUGGUACGGUUCAGAUAAAAAGAUUUACAAAUGUCAUUUAUUUUAAUAAUUUGAAAAAUGUUGUGUUUUAUGCAUGGUGAGUGCACAGUCUUAAAGAAAUAAUUUGCCAUUUUGGGGAAUACACUUAUUUGCCCCCUUGCUGAGAGUUCAAUGAAAAGAUUCAUACCAUGUACGUGGUUUGUAUGCUAAAUAUGUAGCUGUAGCUGUGGGCAGUUAGCUUAGCUUAGCAUAAAGUCUGGAAACAGAGGGAAACAGCUAAACGGCUCUCUUUAAAGGUAAACAAAUCCAUCUACAGGCUGCUGACUGUAGCUUCAUAAUUACUGCACAGACAUAGGCAAGAAAGCAAAUAAGAACUUCCAAAAUGUUUAAUUAUUAUUAUUUCAUUUGCUGCUACACUAAUGCACGCAAUUUUAAAAUGUGAAGGAAUUCGCUGUGAUGUUGACAAGGCAGACAUAUGCAGAAAAUGCAGAGACAGACUAAUAACUACAAAUGAAAGAAUUUUAGAGGAAUCUCAUGAGGCGCAUAUUAAACAGUUUUAGCGUGGUUUAUGCAUUAAGUCAGAUUAUCCAGUAGGGUACCUUUCAUUUAUUCGUUUUUGUGUGUAUGUGUGUGUGUGUAUGUGUGUGUGUGUGUGUGUGUGUCUACCAUGGAUGUUUAGUUUUUAUUUGUGUAUGGUUUGGUGAUUUUUGAACAUGCAUUAAUUCAUGCACAUGUGCUGUUUUGUCAUAGAUGUCUACACUAAACAUUCUGUUGGAUGUGACCAGUAGGAGUCGAGUCACUGUACAUUAACUUGCACCAGAACGUGCAUUGUUUACGAUAUCCACAUGGAAACAAAGCGUUUAGUUUUGUUACGAUGGAAGCUUUAAUCCAAACAUGUAUGUGUACAGUUGUGCAGAUUUAUUGUGUACAUGUAUUGUUUUUAAUGCUGUAGCAUAUACAGAACCUUACAUCAUCAUACACACAUCAAUAUGUCUACUUUUUGGUCAAUGUCUCUUUGGUAAAUAUUUGGUGAAUAAAUUCUGAAAAGUGUGGGUGCAUAACUUUAGCAAUAACAAAAAACAAGCAUUACGCUUCUAAAUCUGAAUUGUUCUGUAUUUACUUUUGAUUCAUAGGACGAUGGUGUAGUUCUGCAGGUACAUAUAUCAGUCACUGGUCUGCAGAAGUUUUAGAGUCACCCUCAACCAGAGUGUAAAAAUUGAGACU